AUAAUAGGUGUGAGAGUCCAGCCCAGAGGCACCAUCUGGUCCAAACCCCACCAUCUGCAGAACAGGUCUAUUCAAGUCAACAGCCAUGAAACUGUUUCUGAUUGCAGCUCUUCUUGUUCUUGCUCUGACACACGGAAGCUUCGCCCAAGAUGGAGCUGAACAGAUGAACCAGUACCUUCAGAACAUAAAAGCGAAGAUCAAUCAGGACUUUCAAGAGUUUGUGGGCCACCAAGAGCUGAAGGACCAGGCUGAAUCCUUCUUGGAGGACCGGCAAAUGGACCUCGAGCCCUUGGCCGCUAAAUUCCAGGAUCAGCUGCAGGACCUGAAGGCCGUGGCCGCCAACAUGGAGGACCAGAUCAAACCCCUGACUGCCAAAGUAAGGGAGCAGGUGAACCCAUUAAUCUACAGUCUGCAGGAGAAAAUGGAGGCCAUGCUGCAGACACUGGCAAAGCAUACCAAGACCGACCGCAAAUAACCCAACCAGUCUUUAAUGUCACAUCAAUUUCUAGUCAUAGAUGUCAAGUUGAAUUGCAUUUAACCCACACCAGCUUCACAAACAUAUUUAAAUAUCCUGUGACCCUUUCAAACUAUUAAAAAUAUAAAACAUUACUUCUA